CAGGGCGACACAUCAUCGCGAAACCUGCCGAAGCUGUGCCAACCCGAAGAUUCUACAAAAGACGCUAGCAGCCGCUGCAGGUAGCCAAAUAUGUCCGACUCCCCUCAAUCUCCUCCAAAGGAUGUCGACCAAGGUGCACAGUCACCCGACGAGGAAGGACAAAUGAAUGACAACCAGGAACCCCACUCGGCCGGAGGGACUGGCUACGAGUUUGAAGGUGUCAAGGAGCAAGACCGGUGGUUGCCUAUAGCCAAUGUGGCUCGAAUCAUGAAGAAUGCCCUGCCGGACAAUGCCAAAAUAGCCAAGGAAGCCAAAGAAUGCAUGCAGGAGUGUGUGAGCGAGUUCAUCUCGUUCAUCACGAGCGAAGCCUCUGAGAAAUGUCAACAGGAAAAGCGCAAGACGGUCAAUGGAGAAGAUAUUCUCUUCGCCAUGACGUCCCUGGGCUUUGAGAACUACGCGGAGGCUCUCAAGGUGUACCUGUCAAAGUACCGCGAGCAACAAAACCAGUCGAACCGUGAUCGCGUCCUAGAGAACAACACUUGGGGGAACGCCAUGAUCCCUGGCGAGAAGACUGAGCCUGGCACAACCAAUCCCGAAUAUGCACCACCCGAAGGAGCGAACCCCCCCGAAAGCGGUGCCGAGCCAAAUUACAUGUACACUUCUCAUGCCGGUCACAACGGCGCUGGUGCUGGGGAGAACUAUUAGUUGACCGUCGAUUAGUUGGUCAUCGUGACGCCAGCGUUCGCCGAACUGCAGACGGCGACCUCUUUUCCCCUCAGAAAACCCGCCCUCUCGGAAGCCCGAUCGGACCUCUAUUGCCCUAUAGGAAACUCUUCCUGAACGCUUCACAGCCAGGUAAUGGUGGUUAUCGGCUCGCUUCUCUCCUCAUGUAGAGGUAGUGCUGCAAUACUUGUUUGUUUGACUUGGGGUUGGGGCAGUUCGGUUCACCUGAAGGUGCAAGGAACAAGGCGACAAUGAGAGAGAGGGGAAUAAAUGGUUUCAAGUCUCUCUAGGCGUGAGUGCGACGCUUCACUUUGUUUAUUUUCUUUUGUCUCGUUCGUGCUUCAGUCUUGUCCAGUACAGAUGCUUGAUCAGACAGAACCACUCCUGAAAGCUUCGCCGGCACAUCAGGGGGUGGGCCAGAAUGCGCGACUCAUCUAUCACGGCAGCAGGGAUUGAGAACUUUGGCUAGCAGAUAACGGAUAUGCAUGGGGUUCAGACUGUGGGUUACGGAGUUGGAUUGUUCGAUU